AUGUUCAAUUCUUCAUCUGUUAAAAAGUCGCUGGAUUUACUGGUUCAACGGACUACUGGAUUCCAGCUUGGCACUGAGAAUCUUGCAAUAUCAGUCGAGUUCGCACAGACCCAACUAAAAAAUCAGGUUUUUACGACUACUAAUGCCAAUCAGAUCCUAGCAAAAUGUAAAGGACUUGUAGAAAAAUAUCAGUUGCGUGGUGACGAUAACAAGGCAGAAACUAUGGCAGAAGCAGUACAAAUGCUCGAGUCUCGUGUCAAAAAGCAAAACUCUCUCAAUUCGGUUUUUGAUAUCGUUUCGUUGCUACUUAGUCUGUCAAAAUCAGCAACAUUAUACAACUAUGAACGCUUGUCUAAACCUCGGAUGCAUCUAACGCCAGACAAUAACGCAGCCAUAUGGACAGAAAUAUGCAAUGAUGCGCCUUUAACAGGCGAUCACUGGUCUAAAGAAACAGUUGAUACAGACGACAGUGACAACUGGAGUAUGAACGAGUCCGAGUUUCUUGAUACUCCAAUUGAUGAAAAAAUUCAAGACCAUGCUUGUCAUCUUCAAGCUACACAAAGUGAUUCGGGAAUAGUUUCAGCAGCAUUUUCUGAUUAUUCUAAACACAAUAGUAUUCAGUCCCAAUUGAAUCAGUUGGAUUUAAGACAAGAAUGGCAAGAACACGGGGAAACAACAGAUUUGCUAGAUACAAUUCUAGAUACGCAAUACUGGACAAGUGUUGGCUGUCGAACAUUAGUGCAGAAUGUAAAUUAUGAUUCAAAAGAUCCAUGUAGUCUUCGACCAUCAAUUGCACACCAUGAGUCACAGAGCUUCGCGCAUCUAUUUAGACCACUAAGCUCAGUAAAAUAUGUCAAAGAACAAGAGAUAGUUCGCGAAUGCAUUUUAUUACUUGCAGGUUUGAACACUACCAUGUUUGCUAAAGACAAGCAAGGGAAAUGGAAGUGGACGUCAAAGUAUAGUGUUACGCAUCUUACUGAUGAUUCACUUGCUAAUCUGAUACAAAACGGUGUUGUGUCCGUUGCCAACAAAAUUGAACUUUUAAGAGUAUUUGCUACUAGUAUUUUAGAGCAAUCUUUUUCGUCAGUCUGGUGUGUUUUUGCCUCGUGUAUUCUACGUCAUCUUGAAAAAUGGCGAAAACAUCUACUUGUAAUUGAAAUGGGUAUGCUUCAACCAAAACUUGCAACAGAAACUCAAACCAACUCACUGAUUUGGCUUGAAUCCCAUGUUGCCAUGCAUUCCAUUCCAGUCUUAUGUCUGGCAGAACUAAUUCAGCAUGAGGCAUUCUCUAACCCUGACUUGAAUUGUUCAAAAAACAGUAUUUCUACGUUUACAGCAAAGCUACUUAAUUUGAUUUAUUCUCGCAUUACUAUAAUGCAACUACAAGGAAAUAUUUGUCAAAUGCAUUUUUUGGUCGAGUUAUUUAUUGUGACGCUGUCGCCACUUUUGGACUUUUUAGACAACUCCAUGGGCCAAGGAAAAAUUGAUGAUUUAUAUAACGAAUUCUUUUUUAAAAUGCAAACACUCGGGGGUGAAGAUAUUCCAAAAAGCAAUCCAGAUUAUUGGAGUAAGCAUAUCAUGCUACGGUCAAAAGAUGAUGUUCCGAUAUUUAUGACGCAGUUUAUAUCCGACAUUGUUCACGCCAUCAAAAUAUCUAAAUUAUAUACUAGCAAGGCUGGUCACUGUUAUGACAAGGCGCAACAAUCAAUUGCCGACAUUUUGAAACUUGAGUUGACUGAAUUCUGUAAAUUCACAGAUGUUGCAAAUCCAUCCGAAUGUUUGAAAGUCAAGAUUGAUGAGUGUUUUCAGAAUGGUCAAGGACAUUUUGAGUUCAAAGCACCGUCCAUCAUAGAUUUAAAUCCAAAAGACUCGAUAAACUCAAAUUGGCAGCCAUUUGAAACUCUAAUUCAAACUGCAUUAGCAAAAGCAUUAAGCGCAUCACUACACCAGAGCCAUGUAAAAUUUCAAGACAUUGUAUUCCUUCAAAGCCAAUUUCAAUCUCAUUUGAAAAUUCUACAUGGUGUAUUUCUGCUUCUCAUGCCAGAUCCUAUGUCGUUUUUUUGUGACCAGCUUUUUUAUAAAAUGGAAAGCCAUUGGUCAGGAAAUAAUGAUUUAACUCGAAAUCCGUUGGUACUUCAAACCCUAUUCCUUCAAGUCAGUUUGGAAACAAACAGAGACCUUCACGCGUACAUGGAUAACUUUCUAUGGCAAUGGAAUGAUGUUGCUUGGAUGAAACAACCAAACAUUUCCAAACAGUCUUUUUUUUCAAAAAUCAAUGUCACAUAUUCGUGUCCAUGGUCUAUCGAUCUUAUUGUCGGCAACUCGGGUUGGAUACUAUAUAAUCGAAUCAUGAGUCUCAUAAUGUAUAUCAAUUACGCUCGAUUUUGUCUUCAGCGAGUUCAAAGUUGGAAACAGACAUGUUGUGGAAACACAGUCUCCAAAAGUGAACCAGAUCGAGGGGUCAUCCGGCUUCGAAUGAAACUCUUGCACUUUUUGAUCUCGUUGCAAACCUAUGUUAUGCAUGGAAUACUACAACCCGAGUCAUCUGUAUUUCUAGCCAUGGCUACCAAAAAAACAAGUGUAGAUGAACUAAUUUUGUUGCAUUCGAAAUUUGUUCGAUUUCUGGCUGAGCGACUAUUUUUAACUGAAAAGGCUUGGCCGAUUCUCAAAGAAAUCUAUUCCAUUCUAGACAUGUGUAUCAAGAUUGGAGGUAUCAUCGGCACCAAUGACCCCUUAGUUUUCCAUUCUGCUGGUUUGAACGAGACACCAUAUCAAAAGUCACAACCAAAAAAGGCAGAGUUUAAUGCAAACUCCAAUCUUGCUAAGCUAAUAGCUAUGGAGUUUCAAUUGGAUGACGCGAUACGAUUCUUGGUAGACAGCUUAAACGUUAUGGCUACACAUGUCGAUUCAAGCGUAUCCAGUAAGAUAUUUUGUUAUGACUUUCAACCUAAACCGAGUCUUAAAAUCAAUGUGUUUACUAAUCGCACUGCUUUGUUGGUUUAA